AUGUGUAUGAAUUCUGUAUUUCUUAUCAUCGUCUCUACCGUAUGCUUUCAUUUUGUUUCUAGUCAACAAUCCGAUUUAAUAGCAGAUAAAGCCGUCCAGUGCUCGAGCGAUGCGAUGCUGGUUAAAUUUUUGUUCACACGACCCUUUGAGGGGAGUAUAUUUACAGAAAAGGGAUAUAACAAAGAAAAAUGUCAUUGGGCUGGUAAUUCUCGAUCCGAAAUGACGGUUACGGUGCCGAUAUUGAAUUCCACAGAGUGUGGCGUGGCGCAUAAUCAGGAAAACGAUGAAUAUGUUGUAAAACUAAUCGUCAGUCCUGUCGAUGGACUUAUCGUGGAUGGUUUUUCGGCGGUCAAUGUUCGAUGCAUUUACAUGACUCAAGAUAUCACCCUAACUCUUCCCGCCGGUCAAGAUGGAAAGCACGCCCUUAGCAUAAGCGGCUCGACAGUCGAAGAUUCUGUAGUUACCGGAAAUGGUGGUGCUCCAUUGCUUUCGAUGCAGAUCCUAGAAGGACACGGAAUUACGGGACAGCCAGUUGCUAGAGCUUCGGUGGGCCAGCGAAUCAGCUUGGAUGUGAUGCUAAAAGACACCUCAAUUUACGAUUUCUAUGUGCAUUCCUGCUUUGCUAAUGAUGGGUUGAACAAUCCGGAUGCUACGAUUCAAAUUAUUGAUGAGAACGGUUGUGGUGUUCGACUGUCAAGAGCUGUAGAUGUACCAGUCCUCAGCUCCUCCUCACCGGAUAAUGGAGCUAAACAUGUCUAUCUUCACAUGUAUGGAUUCCAGUUUACUUCGUCCCAAUUUGUCCACUUUGAAUGCCAAGUACGACCCUGUGUCCAUUCAUGCAAACGACAACAAUGCGAAUCUGGAACCACCUCCGCGGUCCCAUUAAUCCCAGCGCGGUUUAGAAGGGAAAGUUGGGAAAAGAAUAGAAUCAACUUGAAAGAAGAUGCGGAUGCCAUGGAAAAUUUGCAUUUGACAACGGUGCUCCAGAUUGAUCCUCCGAGGAUGAAACGAGAUGCUUUAGUAUGGUCCGAGGGUGAAAAAGUGACAAGCUGCACAUGCGUCUCACUCCAACUCUUCCUCCUCGCUGGCCUCGUCGAAAUGGCCGUCGGUGCACUAAUGACAAUGCUCCUACUCCGAAUCUGCCGAAACCCACUUACAGCCAAGGAUUUUAACCAU